GAACGACAAAACUGCGAACGGUUUUAUCGCAGCAGUGAGACCGGUGUAACCAUCAAGAUUACCGGCCGCGGCGGUUGCGCUAAGUACUGUGGUACUCCAUCACCCGGCAACAUUUCAUUCUCCAGUUUUCGUCAAUCCUUUACCUCCAAUGUCAACUACCUGAAACGGAGCUUGUCUUCCAGGUUCUCGUCAGGGGACCUCAGCUCGGAGCUCGACGAUGAGCCGAACGCGGAUCCUGGGAUGGCCACCGUGGGCCGACAGGAUUCGUCUCAGCCGUAUCAAGCGGUGCCGGACCGACCCUUGCAGUCUCAACCGGGACCGAUGCAACCGCCAGCUCAGCCCCCGAUCCCGGGCAACCCACCUCAGGGACCGCCGCAGCCUAUCGGCGGAGACCUCAGUCUCAAUCUGAGACCCGGCUCACGGACCACCAGCGCACCAUCUUCGCCGGCGAAAACACGAGAGAGUUUGCUCCAGCGGGUACAGAGCUUGACGGGCGCUGCUCGCGACCAGGGCGCUUCUAUUCUGGGAGCGGCGGUAUCUGGCGCGACCAGAGGUCCGUCAUACAGUAAAGACCGAUGCUUCACUCUGCUGGUGAUCGACGAUCAGAACACCGACUGGAGCAAAUACUUUCGGGGACGUAGGUUGCACGGCGAUUAUGAGAUCCGCGUGGAGCAGGCGGAAUUUCGUGAACUGUCCCUCACGGCGAGUGAGACGGGAACCGUUGUGUCCAUGGCUGUCUAUCGUAACGGGACCAAAGUCAUUCGAUCCUUCAAGCCUGAUUUUGUAUUGAUACGUCAAAAUCUUCGGGACGCCGGAGAAGAUUACAAGAACCUUCUUCUCGGUCUGAUGUACGGUGGUGUGCCCAGUGUUAACAAUCUCACAGCAAUUUAUAACUUUCAGGAUAAACCUUGGGUAUUUGCGCACCUGCUGGGCCUACAACGUCGUUUGGGCAAAGACAACUUCCCUCUGAUCGAACAGACUUAUUAUCCUUAUCAUCGCGAAAUGGUAAGUGCAUCUCGAUAUCCCGUCGUGGUGAAACUGGGCCACGCCCACGGCGGAACCGGCAAGGCUCGUGCGGAAACGAAUCAGGAAUUUCUGGAUCUCGCUUCGCUGGCAGCUAUGGCGAAUACUUACUGCACGGCGGAACCUUACAUCGACACCAAGUACGACGUGCAUGUGCAGAAGAUCGGGAACAAUUACAAGGCUUUCAUGCGAAAAAGCAUCAGCGGUAAUUGGAAAUCGAACACCGGCUCGGCCAUGUUGGAGCAGCUUUCUGUAAGCGAGCGACACCGCACGUGGGUUGAUCACGUGGCUCAAUUAUUCGGAGGAUUGGAUAUCUGCGCGAUCGAAUUGCUGGUGGGCAAGGACGGCCGGGAGCACAUAAUCGAGGUAAACGACAGCGCGCUAUCUUUAAUGGGAGACUCGCAGGAGGAGGAUAGACGUCACAUCGCGGACUUGGUCACCGCGAAGAUGCAGGUUUACUGUCGACCGCAGAGCGUGUUGACGAAGACCGCCUCGCGUGGCUCGAUGUCGGGCUCCAGCCAGGUGAGCAGCCCGGUGGAAGACCGAACUGCGCCUCCUACAGCACCCUUGGGAUCACAUCCAAGUAUGGGCUCUAUGGCUAGUAUAGGAAGCUUAGGUUCUGUAAGUUCGGCUACAGUGCCGGGCGACGUCACCACCUCGGAAAGCCAUCAUCAAUUACAACGACGAGACUCCCAAGCCUCUCAAUCGAGCACGGUGAGCAGCGCGCCGUCCGUCGGUCGGCGCGUCGAAGAAUCGCCCGCGUCCAGAGUGCCGUUCCAUCGACAAGACAGCCAUCGGAAAGACAGUCAUCGAGACGACAAAUCGGAAUCGAAACCUCAGAGCGAGGACACCGAGGACACGAUGAAGAAUUUGCGAAAGACUUUUGCCGGGAUUUUUGGCGACAUGUAGACCACAAGAUAUGGCCGACGCAGCGAGAGCGUAGACGUCGGGCGCUCUCGCGACGAGGUAGCUAAUGAUAGCAAGUCGGCACCAAUAACACGAACUCAUGAAAUUCUCCGAAGAUCUUUGAGCAUGUUCCACGAGUGAAAAGCUCGAGACUUCGUCUCGCUCGAUGCGUCGAUCGCGCGAAAGUGAAGUGGACGCGCGUGAAGAGCACGUAGAGAUAUCUAUAUAUUUGCAGAUCGUCGUGGGAGACACACAAGCGAGGCUUACAUUGUGUCGCUCGGAGUGCGCGUAUAUUUAAUCGAAAAGAAUAAUCACUCAUUUCUGGAAAAAAAAAAAAAUCCAGGAAUAAUUUCGGUUGCCGUUCGAUUAUUGAUCAGGCUAUUAAGCGAGAAACACAGAUGGCAAUGAUUGUGCUACGCGCGCGCCCGCGCUUCAAAAUAAAAUAUAAUAAAAUUAAAAGAUUGAAAAACUUAUAUCGCGCGCUCACAUAUAUAUAAUAUAUAUAUAUAUACACGAGUUAAGAAUUCAACGCGCGUUAUCAUAUACAUAGUACUGUAUAUUGAGAAAAUCUUAUGAUCGUGAAUGUGUGUGAGCAAAUGAGUGCGUGUGUGUGUACAUGCAAAAUAAAGUAAGUUCCAUAUAAUCCGUGAUAUACUUAUUACGAGUAAAUUAAAAGACUUAUUGAGUAAAUUUUAAAUAAAGUUAGACAAAAGUUGAGUCGACACUGGCAAAUUAUUCAGUAUCAGCUUGAUGUUCGUUCACUUGCUAACUGCGAUAAUACCCACCACCAGAUGAGACAGAUUUUGCAAAAACCAUAUUGCCGCCCUUACGCACCGUAAAAAAGCAAGAAGAAUCGUUUUUGUAGGCCCCUGGCAUCUCCUCAACCGGUUUUACUUCGAGCACCCACUUUUAGGCUUAACGUUUGGAUCGUCGUGUGUCAUAUUGUCAUUUAAGGGAAAAUGCAUUGCGGGAUAGAAAUUAAGGCAGGCAAUAGGCGUCUUUUUCGGGCGAUCCCGCAAUGUUUGUAAAAAUAUAUAUCGUACGCCUACGUCAUUCGACACGAUCGAAGACGACAAAAAAGAGGAGAUUCGGGCAUUAUUAUAUCGCAACAUAUUUGGCUAACGGAGAUCGUGCAAGCGGUCGUUUGCUUUCAUCGAGAACUACAGAAUCGGAAGGACGAAUGUGUAGUUAUCUCUACUUUUAAGCGCACAAGUAGUUGUUAAGAUAAUCAGGGAUGGGCGAGAUUUUUCUGGACACACAUCGCGUGGAUUUUCGACACUCAAAUCCACGCGGGUACUUUCCUCAGGACGAGAGAUAUGUAUCGAUCGAUCGAUAAAUUCGCUUCUUAAUAAAAUCGCUUCUUAUCAAUUAAAAAAACACACGUGUCGCAAAAUUUUUCAUUGAUGAUAAAACGUGGUCGCGCAUCCCGACACUCUGUAGCGACCCUGCUUUUUUUCUAAAUUUUUCGCACACAACGGGUCGUCGUCGAAGCUGCACAGGACGAUCACGUGGUGCAAAAAUUUAUGACAAAUUUCGGUCGCGCUACUUUAUAUAAGAAAAUCGAAUUUGCAUUAGUGAUAUGUUUGCGUAUGUGAAAACAAAUGAUGAGAUCGAAAACGUAGUCUUUAAACUUCAUCGAUGAGAACGAAUAUAUCCUCGAUAUAUCCCAACGAGGCUUUUAAUCGUGCUACGCGGAAAUAAAAACUAACUCCCGAUAUAUAGAUCUGCAAAUAUAUACAUAUAUAAAACAUGCGUGUGUGCAAAUAAACUGAAAUACAGUACCGACGAAUGUAUGUCAGUUAAACUGCACGCGAAAAGAUACGCGAGAAACGAAGAAAAAGGUCAGUUGUAUCGAAAAGUCGAGUUACUCGCUUUUAAUGUCGGACUAACGAAGAGAUGACUGAGAUAAACGAUCGUGGUUUCAGCUCUGAAAGAAAGGAAGAACAUCGACUUCGCGAGACGCGAUAAGCUAUAUCGAAAAUUGUAGAUUUUGCUGAAACGCGAAAGCAGUUAAAAAAAAAAAUGUGAUAAGAACUUGCGUUCGCAAGAAGUAUCGAUUUUAAUAUACAAUCAACUGAUAGAGAUAAAAUGGAGAACGUAAACUUAUAGAUGACUGAUGAGAGAAGCGAAGUGCAAAUUUAUUUGAAAGUAUAAUCCUUUUUAGAAAAAAAAAUUCUCUGUGUGUAUAAACGGGGAAAAACUUUUUUACAUUAUACAGUUUUGUCGUGUCUCUUCUUCGCGGUUUUCCAACUGCACUGAAUAAUAAGUAAUUGACGUUUGAUUUUCAUGUGCCUUGACACUGAAGUGUCCUUCGUAUCACGUUGUUCGCGAUAUCACGACACGGUUGAUGAAAUAUUAAUGAACAAAGCUGAGUUUUUGUAAAAGUUACGGCAGAUGCUGAUCAUCAAUUCCUGCGAGGGUGGCUGGAUAAAAAAAAAAAAAAAAAAAGAGUCAGAUGUGUCGCGAUUUCAAGCAUGUUGCAUCGCGCGAUCACACUUAAUUGUACUUUUUAUAAACUUCGAUCUCAUUGUACAUUCACUAUUUCUUCAUUAAAAAAAAAUCUUCACCGCGACGCAGAAGACGGAGAAGUGUGUGCACCGUCCAUCAGGCUUAUAUAUUCGUUACGACAUCUCUAAGCACGUUCGAGAUCAAAGAAUAAUAUGUUUUAUACAAAUAAAGUGCUUAGUAAAUAUCAUAAUUUUCGCGGCAAAGUACAUAAUCAUCGGGAUAUAUUGAUAAUCUUUGCUUACUUCCGCGUGAUAGUGGAUUGUCUUCCAUGUGUUGAGAACUGACGAAUGUUUUCAGCAUUACAUAGGUGAAACACACACUCACAGACAGCCGUAAGCGUUCGAGACGGGACUAAGUUUUUUAAACGGUGUGAUUUACACUCUGUUCUUAUAACUCACGUGAUAAUAUUUUGCAAAAAUAUAUAUUUCACACGAUUCACACGUUAAAAUUCAUUCGGUGUUAAUUUUUUGUUUAUUUAAGAAAAAAUUAGUUUUUUUAACAAAUUACAUAAAUGAUAUAAAUACAGAAAUUUUAAAUAAUUAAAACAUUAAACAGGGGACGUAAAAAAGACUGCACAAAAAAAAAACUUACGCGACUGAUGCGCACGAACAAUUAAUUGCGAAAGAUCUCCGAUUCCGUUUUCAGAGCUGACGCCACGGUAAGAACAAGCAAGCAAUCAAUAAUCACGUCAAUGCGCGGAGGUCAAUCGAUCAGCAGCAAAUGUGUAGACACGGUUACAGGUGAAGAAUAUCUCAGGGUGCGAGUAUAGACGCUAGAUAAAGUAGGACACUAGAAGCGGCGCGCGUCGCAGUCUAGUCGAAGUAACGACGUCGACUUCAUUAGAGCGGAUAGAGAAUAGGAUUCGCUUGUUGUGUCGGAGAAAUCCUUGACUGUGAUCCUCAGAAUUGUCUGUAAAGAGACAAAAAGAAACAAAAAACAAAACUUGUUUCGCGCGCAUUUUGUUCGAGACGAGUCGUCUUCCGUAUAUUUCAGUAAAUGCUUCACACGCACAAUUAGCGAGUGGUUUAACCAAAGUUUUCUGUUUUUCUUUCAAUACAACUUCGAGCACAUUUCAUCGACAUUUUGUAAAAACAUAUAUAUAUAUAUGUAUAUAUGUAAACUUUCCUAUGUAAUUAAUAAUCUAAUUACGCUAAAAAUAUUAAUUUAAAAAAUGUUCUUAUGUUAUUCUAUUGUCAAUUUCAAUCGUUUCACUAAUUUUCGCGCGUGCUCGACUGUUGUAAGGUUCGAUCGUUCGAACAAUUUGCGCGUGACAACCAAUUUCUUGAUAAAUAAUAGCGACACACAGCGUCGCUAUUGACAUUUCGUUGCUUGCUAUCAUAACUUAUCGAAGCGUUAUAUAUAUAUAAUACCCGGCUUAGUUACGGUGGCCGUGUGAUGUCGUGAACAGCAUCCAGUAUUAUUAUUAUUAUUUUUGUGUUAAAAAUGCACAGAAUUGCACUUGUAGCUCGAUAAUUAACGCACCAGCAAUAUUCGUAGAUUAGAUCCGUACCUAUUAGAUAUCGUAUAUCGUGUCUUCAAAUUUCCUAAGAUUACUUCGUCUUUUGCUGUGUACACAUGUGACUGCGCUAAUACGAUUAUCGCACGUAAUCGAACUCAGCGAUAAUAAUAUACGUAUAAGCAUGUACAUACAUAUUUCAGCUCCACAUUACGUCUCAUGUAAUAUAAAAAUAUAUGUGAUCGUGAGAAAAAAAAAAGAGCGAGAACAGAUGUUGCUAUCUUCUAGCAUUUUUUCUAGACGACGUAACAUGUUUAUCUUCGUGUGUUGUAACAUCAAAUUUCAGAAAAAUAUCACGAUCACAAUAUCAGAAUCUGUUAAUCGCGGAAGCUUUUUCGCGUCGUCAGAAAAGAUCGACUUAAAAAAACAAAAAAAAAAAAAAUGUUGUUGAGCGAAGAAAUUCUUAAGUAAGAGUCAAACGAACAAAUUAGAUUUAGCGACGCCUCGUAAUAGUGAUUGCGUUAAUUAUUGCAGACACUACUUGAAUGUUUCUCACAGUGAUCCUCCCGAUUGUUGCGCGAGAGAAUCGCGCAGUAAUAUUCGCGAAUGUGUAUGUAUUUCGCGCAUCCUGUUGUUACGUAACGCGCUCGUAUUUACGUAUAUAUAGCCUUCUAUGUGCUUUGUGAGAGCAUUUGUCACUGUACAUCGAGGAGAAAUCUUUUACGUACAUAUCAAAUUGACGCGGCACGACUGACGAGUCCAGUGCCUUUUGUUCAAUUUUUUCUUUUGUUUCGGGGCAGUAGUGGCAUGGAGUCGUUGUAGUAAUCCCCUGUACAUUCCUCUGUAUCUUCUUUCUUCCACAAUGUACAGUAGAAUAGCUAAAUGUAUUGAAUUUGUACGUGUGUUGUUUACACUAUACGCGACAUGUUUUAAGGAAUGAAAUGAUGAAAAUUUCUGUUAAGUAUAAAUAAAAACUUCUGUGUCGCAUUGCUACUCGCUAUAACGUUAAAAUUAUCGAUAGUACCUAAUACGCAUAUAUAUACACAUAUAUGUGUAUAUAUAUGUGUAUAUAUAUAUAUAUAUCUAAAUUGUGUGCAUAUAUAUAUAUAUAUAUAUACAUCUAGAUUAUGUAAUCUCUAUAACAGAAAAUUGCUAGUAGUAAUCUCUAGCUUUAACAAAUGUUCACAAGAACGACAUUAUCGCGCAAGACUUUAUGCGACUACUGCAAGGUCAAUAAUCGAAUAAUCGUAAACAAUUGAUAGUUGCUUAUUAACGAAAAAAGAUAGAGAAACGUUGCGUUAAUCUGUACUUCGGUCAAAGGCUUCUUCGCGGAACGUGAUCAACGUUUGCUCCGUCAGAAUCUAUUUAAUUUUAAUUUCGCGAUUUACAACGAAAGCGCGAGAAGCGCAUUUGUUUUUAUUUUGCGACAAGCAGAGAAAAAUAGAGUGCGCAUUAUAGAUUUACCCCCGAUUACAUGACCGCUCGUAUCUUGAGAUAAUACUUAGUGUUUAUCUAAUGUAAGUGUUGAAGUAAAGUUGUGUAUGACACAACGAAGAGUUCGAGAAGAAGCUAAGAAAUAAAGUAGCUAUAUGCAUGGGGACGCGAUUGAGUGUACACGCAGUCCGAUCUUGAAUCUACUUAAAUCUCUCGGCGCUUAAAACAGUAGCAGUAGGGAUAGGCAUGAGGACGCGAUAAAUGUACGCGCAAGUCCAAUAUGCAAUGCGUUAUCUCCUUGAUUUCAAUGCGUGCUAGUCAUAUAUAUAUAUAUAUCUACUCACAUGCAUACAACCACACGAAUCGUUGUGCAAAAGGGAAGAAAGUUGCCCUUUCGCGCGCUGUUUUCCUUCCGCUGUUCACCGCUGUCAAUCGGCUGCUGACAGCUGGAGGAUAAACCGGCAUCGUAAUAAAAGAGGAACUUCGUUUUCUUCUCGUGAGACGACGAUUCGAUACCGGUCAGUGUAUAAAAAAAAAAAAUUUAUAUCAGAUUAUAUCCCAAUUCCUGAAUCCACAACGAAAGCGCGAGAGAGACUCAUCGUCCCAUCAGGACAGAGUAAACGCGUUCACAAUUCUUGUGCGAAAUACAAUUCUAAUGGGAAUGUACGUAUAUACUGAAGAUAUACGAUACCUUUUCAUUAGUGUAAGUCGCACAUGAUACACACAGAUACACAUAUGUAUGACACAGACACAAACUUGCAACGCGCAAACUUGCAAAUCAUAUCUAAUGUUGUGUAAGUAACAUUAGUGUAUGGUGUCGAUGUUACACGAGACUACUUACCACUUACGUAUCUAGUAUAUAAGCCUAAGAGAAAGAACUUAAGAGAAAAAGCACUGCGCUUGAAAUAUAGCAAAUAACAAACAUAUAAAAAAAGUAGCAAGUAUACGUGAAUAUAUAAGCGUUGAAUAUACAUAUAUGCGCCACCCGACACCACGUGUGUCAGUAAAUCUCACUUCGUACGCGUAUAAACGAACGCGUACACAUAACACACAACGUUGCAAGUUGUAUUGCUAAUGCCGCAUAAGUAACAUUAUUUGUACGGUGUCGAUGUGUUACGAUAGUAAGUACUUAAGUACGUGUCUUUAAAUAUAAACCUACGAAGCUCAAGAGACGGCAAAAUGUCAUUGAGCGACGGUCAAUUUAAACAUAUGAAUAAAUAAGAAUAGCGAGCAUGCUGAAUGGUGCGUAUGUCGAAUAUAUAUGUACAUACGCUGCCCAGGAUUAUGCAUUAGUAAGUCACACAUGCACGCGUACACAACAUUGCAAAUUGUAUCUAACAAAUGACGUUAUUGUGUCGAUGUUAUGGUAAUACUUAGCACGUCUAUGGUAUAAAUACGUGUCUAUAGUAUAUACUUACGCUUAAUAAAGCAAAGAGAAAAAGUAGAAAGCAUGUGGAAAUGUGCGUAUGUCAAAUAUAUAUACAUAUAUAUAUAUAUAUAUAUAUAUAUGUAUAUAUAUAUACGCUGCCCGGUAUCGUGCGUUAGAAAUCACACAUACGCGUACAACAUCACACUCUAACAUUGCAAGUCCUAUUUAAAGUUGCAUAACUAACAUUAUUGUCACGAGAAUACUUAGUGUAAGAAUGCAUACUUAUAGUUCUAGUAGAUAGAACAUAAAAUAUAUACAUAUAUAUAUAUUAUGUACUGUAGUUUAUAGUACAUAGAGAGUUAUACGGCACUUUUAAUAAAGCUUUAAGAAACUCGGAAGAAAAGAAAAAAACAAUGUCAUCAAGCGAGACGACCAAAGAGCAAAAAAAAAAAAAAGUAGCAAGCAUGUGGGAACGUGCAUAUGUUGAAUAUUAUACGCUGUCCGGUAUCGUGUAUAUUAGUAAAACACACAUAUGCAUAAACAUACACGACGCGGAUAUCGCGUGUGGAUAAAUCCACGAAAUACAUACAAAUUGUAUCUACUGCUGUAUAAGUAACAUUAUUAUUAUACGGUGUGUCGAUGUUAUUUAAUCCGUGAUCAUUAAAGUCAUCCUAUAGUGCCGAGGAAAUUAUAUAUUGAGGAUAUUUACCGUGUUAAAAAAUUAUCAAACCGGUACACACAUACAUACACACACACACACACACACAUACUUAAUUAUUCACAUCUCGAGAAAAGAGAAGUAAUUUAUAAAUAGACUCGUCGAUUAUGUUAAUCCUCAAAAUUAACAUAAUCGAUCGGAAAUUAUGCAAGAUAUACGGGGAUAUAUACUCUAUAUUAGAUUAGUGGACGAGCGUCGAUGAGUGAGCGCGAUCGUGUUCGUCGUGUUUUCUCGAGCGAAUGAUCCUCACUGAGAGCAAAGCGUGUUGAUCAUGCACUCGCAGAGAGAAAGGGAGAAUCGAAACGUGACGCGUCGAUAAUUACGAACAGACCACCCACACGGAAGAAAAGGGUAAAUCGAGAUACACGAUCGACUCGUUGACCGCCACGUGCUCGGAAACGCGCCGCGACGACUAUCGAAUUCGCAUUUGAACGACAAACCUUGAAUCGAACUCUGAAACACAGGCGAUGACUUCUGAGUAUUGUGCGCGAAACGAGAUCUGAUCGUCCAGAAAAAAAUCGAUACAAUUACAGAAACUUUAUGUGUUCGAAUUGGUAAAAGUGAACACACACAAAUCUAAUUAAGUCAAGUUUUAUAAAAUAUGUUUAAUGAUAAUUUCAAAAAGAUUAACUAGAUGUUUUUGCAAAACUUUAUUACUGGCCAAAAUAACUUAUUUUGAGUAACAGAAGCAUUCAAUAGUAAAUAUUAUUGAUAAAUCUUGGUAAAGGUAGUGUCUUACCGAAACAAGAACAGGAAUGCAAUAUGAGAUUGAUGAUACAAAAAAUAGACAAAUUUAGUGACAAUUACACGAUCACCUUUCUGGUCACGCGAGAUUGAUAAGAACGCAAAAUAACAAAAGCAGAGAAGAUCGAGAAUUCGUGAGGAGCACGAUGACAAGUGAGCCGACGCAUUUUUUGUUUCAACACACGAUAAACUCACACUUAAAAUCGUAAGCGUAUUUUUACUGAUAACUAGGAGGACAACGAAUCAACAGGACUCGUUCUGAGCGGUGAUUCGAACGGUGAAAAACCAAUUGAAAAAAUAAUUGAAGGACGACUACAUAGAGCAACGUCCGAGUAGUGUAUCGCGUGCGCGUAGAUUAGCAUUGCACUUAUCACUUAUCGUAAAGUAAAAAUCUGGUUUAAGUAAUAAAAGUGACGCGGGAGAGGAUAAAAAAAAUUACACACAUAAAAUGCGAGUUCUAUCUGUCAUCGUUAAUCAAUAAAGAUUAUCAGAGUUUGAAAUCCAAGUUUAAGCGAGUCGAAAACAAAAAAAAAAGAAAAAAACCACAAGAGUAUAUACAUAAGUUUAUAGUCUAUAGCAGACAUAUACGUGAGGAAGUGUAGUACAAUAUGUAUGUUAACGAGAAUGUGUAUAAAUAUAUAAAAGAAUAAUAAUAUUUAUCAAAUAGUAUAUAUAUAAAAAUAUAUAUAAAUAUAUAUAAAAAUUUAACAAUAAAUAUAUAAAUACAAACGCGCAUACAUCUGUAAUUAUUCUUAUGUUAUAUGCAACGUACAGUCGUUGUGUACACUUUGAGGUAAUCGUUGCGAUCAAGCUCGUCGUUUCAUCAAAGAGCUAAAACGCAAUGGCCUAAAAUGCUCUAAUAGGCUUGCGAAGCGUGAGGUUUGACUAAGGCAGAUCGAAAUACCACUUAAAUAUGUAUUAACAAAAAAAGAAAGAAGCGCAAUCGACAACAAGCAUCGUGAUGAUCGAUGUUUAUUACUCGUUAAAAAGAUCUUUCUCAUAAUAGUUGAUAAGAUGAAAAGUAGAAGUAGUUAGUAGUAGAUCAUAUUUGCGGAGCGAAAUGAUAACGUCACACAAAGCAUGUCGUAUCUCUCUUGCCUACGUACCAUAACGGGUGCUAUCAUAGAUAAAACGAUGUAUGAAGUGAAAACACGAUAAAAUAUUGGAGAUUGAUCGGGUGAGAUUGUAAACUUUGUUUUUAAUUUUUUUUUACUCGCGUAGCAUCGAUUCCUGGCAUGCUCUAUUGACAGUAGCGCUUCUUCUUGUGUAACAUUUUUGUAUGAGAUUUUAUCUAUAAUCGAAAAAAGGCGUCUCUUUAAAAAAA